GAGAAAGCCAAAACCGAAGAGCCACCACCAACGCAACGGCCGUCCGCCGGAGGGAGCCGCCACUUCCCUGCGCAAAUCGGAGCCCGUGGCCGUCCCAUCCGUGCUCGCGGCUCGCCGCCGUCCUCCUCGCGCGAGGCCGAGGCCUCGCCCUCCUCCUCAGGUCCUUUGAGGCCCUAGUCUCUAGGGCCCCCUUCUUCUCCGCCGUCCGCCGCCGUCGCAGAAGGGGCAAGGAGGAUACAUUGCCAUGGCGGGCAGGCUCCUCGCGAAUCUGAUCGUCAUGGGCGGAACCGUGGUGGGAAGGGCCAUGCUCCAGGCCUACCGCCAGGCCCUCGUCAAUGCAAACAAAACUGGAGCUGCUCAAGAAGCUAUAAAUGGUAUUAGACGGGCUAGCAAGGCCAUGACCGAGCAAGAAGCCCGGCAAAUUCUCGGUAUCAGUGAGCAAUCGACGUGGGAAGAAAUUGUCCAGAAGUAUGACACAAUGUUUGAGAGGAAUGCCAAGAACGGGAGCUUCUAUCUCCAGUCGAAGGUUCAUAGAGCGAAAGAGUGCCUGGAACCUUUGUAUCAAAAGCCUGAUGUACCGAACUGAUAUUGCGUAGACGCCCUAGCUUCUGUUCGAAGCAGUAUGCCUAGUUGAUUGCCGGUGCACCCAGAGAUCAUGGCUCAGUUUUGAGUUGUGUGUUGGGCGCAUCAGGUUGAUUGGUUGUAACAUUACGCAGCGUUGCUGGGCCUAGAAUUAUGUUUAGCAAAGAUAGGAAAUUUUGGCUGAUUCUCAUUGGCAGAGCCUCAUUCACUGUGGUUGUAACUCAUAGUAUGUUAGUUGGCUGUGAUGGGCAUAAUUUUUGUUUUACAUACAUAACAGGUCCCAUUCCUGCCUUGUCUUGAAAGGUGAAUUUGCCCUUUGCUGCGAUGGAAUUAUCGUUGUGUUGGUACUAUUUGCUUAUUUCAGCUCAA